AUGAUAAAAAAAUAUAGCUUAUAAUUUGCAUCACAAGAAAUAGAGCAAAUAUAUAGACAAUCUCUUUUGAGUGGAAUAAAAUAUCGAAGAGAAUAUACAUAUGGGAUAUUAUGUAUCUAUUUAGGAUUAAUAAUAAUAAAAUAUAAUUUGUAACAGGUCUUGUUACCUCAAAUAUUUGCAGGUGUUGGAAUAAUAUUAGAAUUGGCAUUGUUUUUUUUUAUGAAGAAAUAUUGGUAAAACAAGGAAAUAUUAAUAACUCUAAAUAUGAUUUUUAUGGCUGCAAUCUGUGAAAGUUUAAGAUUAUUUGGAUUUGAUGAUUAUCAAUGGUAUUAUGGUUAGCAUUCUACCUCACUUAAAUUAAGUAUGAUUAUAUGAUCUUACACUUAGUAAUUUAUUUGUAGGGAAGCUAGUUUUUAAUUUAAUCCUUUAUUUUCUGUUGUACCUAAGCUGUAAGUAUAUAUAAUUUUAGUAAAUAUGAUGUAUCAACAAUAAUUUCUCAUUGUCUAAUCACUUUAAUUCUUGUUAUGCUUCGUUAUUAAUAUGAAAUUAUCAGUAGAAAGAACUUCCUUUCAGGACUCUCCAAAGAACAAUAUGAAAAUGUGAUAGAGGAUCUUCUCCCAUCAUGGGUUGUAGUGCUUAAAUACAAUAAAUUAGCUGCUUAAUUAUAAAUAGAAAAAAUCAAUAAAAAUUUAAAAGAGAAAUUCAAUCUUAAAAAUAAUGAAGCUUUAAGAGAUUUUUUAAGAAAAUUAAACUUAUAUGAUCUUGAAGUUAAUGGUUAAUCAUAAAAUAUAAAAAUUGAACAUGAAAUAAUUUAAAUAUUAAAAUCAAAAAGUGAAGAUCAUCCAGUUUAAAGAUAUUUUGGAAUAUUGGAAAAGGAUGUCAACUCAAAAUUAUGUAGAUUUAAGAUUACUUAAGUUUAUUUUAAAGCAUUUGAACCUUUGGUAAUUCUUUUAUUUGAAGAGAUUAAAGAGGACAAAUACGAUUAAUAUGUGAAUUAAAUUGAAUAAAGAGAUAAUUAAUAAUAUGUAUAAUUAUAGAUUAAUUUAGUAUAAUUCAAAAAUAAGUUUAUACUUAAUUACAUAAUAAAUGUAGCUAAUUUAAUAAAUGCUUAAUUAAAUAUAAAUAGAUAGUCCCUUUAAGUAAGAAUUAUUGAAUACAUUCUAAUAGAACUUAUAAAAAUAAACAUAAAUAAGUUAUUAUUUAUACAAUCUUAAUAAUAAUUUAUUGAAUUUAUUCAAAAUAUCUCAUAGAUUAAUUAAAUAUGAAUAUUAAGAAAUUUAGAUUGAAUAAUUCUUUAAAACUUUAUGUGAUAAUCUUCUUAUUAAUUAUAAAUCAAUGAAGAUGAAUAUUAUUAAUUUUUCAACAAAGAAAGAGAUAAUAAAAACAGAUAAAAAUAAAUUAAUAUCAAUUAUUAUGAACAUAAUGGAAUUUAUAAAAAUUUUAUUAUCUAUAAUACAUGCAGAAGAUGGAAUCAUUUAUUAAAUGCAUCCUAUGAAAAAACCUUUUAGUCUAUCUAUAAAAUAAUCUAAAGUUCAUAAUGAUUCCAUUUAAAUAUCUUUAACUCAUCCUAAUUUAAAUAUUACAAGUUAAAUGAUAGCUUUAAUUUAAAAUAUCACACCUGUUUCUAUUGAUGAUAAAAAAAGAAAUUGGAAUAAUAAGAAUUACUUUGAAAUGAUUAAAAAUUUAAAUCAAACUCUAUCUUAAAUGAUUGAUCAUUAUAAAAAUGAGAUUUAAUCUCUUACAUCAAUAUCUUUAGGAUUAAAAAGUAAUAGAUAUUAAAAAACUAAUCAUUUAAAUAAUUAAAAUAAAUAAUUUAAUACUUUAGGAUAUAUAAUGGCUUCAUACUUUAUUAGUUAAUUAGGUCCAUCUAAUAAAAUUAUAUUUAAAUAAUCUCUAAUAGAAAAUGAUAUGUUAAAUCCUUAAUAUGUUUCAUCACUUUAUUAAACUAAGAUAUAAUUUACAAUAUAUAAAGAUUUAUAAAGUUUUUCAAAAGAAGUUUCAAAAAUAGAAAAAAACUUAUUUGAUGACAAUUAGUAUUUUUCACCAAAAAAAUAUACUAAUUAAGAAAUUGCUGAAAGAUUACUUCAAAUUUAAGUGGAAGAUUAGAUGAAAAGAUUAUUUUGA